AAUGGGACCCAAAAGGAAUACUACGCGAACCAAGACCCACUAUGGCAAAAGAUUGGAACCGAAAUAAUGGAACGCACUGGAGAAACCUGUCCGUGGAAGGAGAUACGCAAUCACUUCAAGCGACACAUAAUAUUCCACUUGAACAACUACACGGGAGAUUUAGAGACAAUAAAUCGACUACAAUAUCCUUAUCUACAGAAGCUAAACAAAGUACAAAUCCAUUUCACCGAUAAUGGACCAAAGCCGCCGAAUGCUACGAGCGUUAUGCAUAAUAAACUCUUCAUCAAGUACAUAAUGGACGGUCGAUACGAUUCGGAUGUGCAAGAGGCUUUUAAACGGUGCAGUUCAGAGGCGAAGAAAAUUAUCAAUAUCAACGUGAAAGAUCCUGCGUACGCACUGACAGAGUCAGUGCAACAGUAUUUGUUGAAGGUAAAGAAACCCGCCGGUACCAUUUGCAGAGAAUGUGCCGAGAAGCUGCCAGAGUCGGCUGAGGGGGAGGCACCAAAUGAGCUUGCUACUGUUUCCCAAUCGACGAAUGUUUCUCCGCUGCAACCAUCUCCAGUGAUGUUGGAUGGUAUCCCCAUUGAAAUAGAGAACUGUUCCGCGCCAAUAUCUAAUACUUUCACUCCUAAUGAUCUUCUGGAAAACGAAUCACUCAACGUAAAUACACAACAAUUUAAAGAAAUCUUACUACAGCUUAGCCAAACCAGAAAUGUUCCUAUCGAAGAAAUUAUCCUAGAAAAUUCAAUUUCCUAUAAUGCAACCAUUAAACAGUUUUCCCAAGCCGACCCCCUUGAAUCAGUCAUGGAACUUAUACAUGGUAAUAUCGAUACAAGAGAAAACCAGGAAACUCAAAUAGCAGAAUCUGAGGAAUGUAAUCCAGCAAACAACACCUCCAUCCUAGAAUAUAAUAGCGCUGGUAGAAAUAGUAACACAGCAACCUCGUUUAAUGAAGCUCCAGCAUCUUGCGUCGCUUCCUUCAGCAACACGGCUGAGGAGUUGAUAAACGAUAGCUAUUUAGCAAAUGUCUCUAUUCCAGAUCAAAUUAUUGUCCUCUCUGAUGAUGAGAUCGACGAAGGUGAGCAUACAAUGCAAUCGAAAUCUAAACCUAAUGAAAUCCUCAUUAUUACGGUCUCUGAUGACGAAGUGAAUGAGGAUGAGGCAGAAGAGCAUGAAAUAGGAACGAAUUCGAAAACAAGUGAAAUUCACCAUUUGCCUUUUGAAGACCAAACAACAAACGAUGCAAAUGCGACUUACAACAACACCAUACUCUCGGCUACAGGGUAUCCAACAUGCUACGACCCACCGAUCCACAACACACCUGAGGAAUCUAGCCAUCGUAGUUUGGCAAACAUUUCUAAUCCAGAUUGCCUUCGACUCUCUGAUGAUGAUAUGAACGAGGAUAAUGAAGAAGAGCCAACCAUUGCACCAAAUUCUAAAACAAAUGAAAUCAAUUGUUUGCCUGUUGAAGAUCAAACAACAAACGAUGGAGUUGAUACUAAUGCUAACAGCAUACUUUCGGUUGCUGGGGAUCCAACAUCUUGCCACUCACCGAUCCACAACACACCUGGGGAAUCGACAAGCAAUUGCAGUUUACCAAACAUUUCUAUUCCAGAGUGCCUACGACUCUCUGAUGAUGAUAUGAAUGAGGAUGACGAAGAAGAGCCAAUUAUUGUACCACGUUCCAAACCGAAAGAAAUCAAUCGUUUGCCUGUUGAAGAUCAAACAACAAACGAUGCAGUUGAUACUAAUGGCAACACCAUACUCUCGGUAGCUGGGGAUCCAACAUCUUGCGACUCAUCGAUCCACAACACACUUGAGGAAAUGGCAAGCAAUCGUGGUUUGGCAAACAUUUAUAUUUCAGAUCACCUUCGAUUCUCUGAUGAUGAGAUGAAUGAGCAUGACGAAGAAGAGCCAAUCAUUUCAUCAAAUUCCAAACCGAAUGAAAUUGAUAAUUUGCCUGUUGAGGACCAAACAACAGUCAUUGCAAAUGAGAGUUACAACAAAACCGUACCCUCGGCUAGUGGGGAUCCAACAUCUUGUAACGCAUCAAUCCACAACACACCUGAGGAAUCGACAAGUAAUUGCAGUUUACCAAACAUAUCUAUUCCAGAAUGCCUACGACUCUCUGAUGAUGAUAUGAAUGAGGAUGACGAAGAAGAGCCAAUUAUUGUACCACGUUCCAAACCGAAAGAAAUCAAUCGUCGUUUGCCUGUUGAAGAUCAAACAACAAACGAUGGAGUUGAUACUAAUGGCAACACCAUACUCUCGGUAGCUGGGGAUCCAACAUCUUGCGACUCAUCGAUCCACAACACACCUGAGGAAUCGACAAGUAAUUGCAGUUUACCAAACAUAUCUAUUCCAGAAUGCCUACGACUCUCUGAUGAUGAGAUGAAUGAGGAUGACGAAGAAGAGCCAAUUAUUGUACCACGUUCCAAACAGAAUGAAAUCCCCAACACAGUCGAGGAAUCGGCAAGCAAUCGUUGUUUGGGAAAUAUUUCUAUUCCAGAUCACUUUUUAGCACUCUCUGAUGAUGAGUUGAAUGAGCAUAAUGAAGAGCUAACUACGGUAUCAAAUUCCAAACCACUUAAUAACUUACCUGCAGUUCAAACAACUUGCGACGCACCAAUCCAGAACACUCCAGAGGAAUCGACAAGCAAUCGUUGUUUAGCAAACAUUUGUCUUCCAGGUCACCUUCUAGCACUCUCGGAAGAUGAGAUGAAUGACGAUAACGAAGAAGAGUCAAGCAUUGGAAAUAUUGGUUGAGCUAUAAGAAGCGAUAUUUGAGCAUCAAGCUGUCUUCCACACUUUCCCCAAAAAGGGAGGAAACAAAGAUAUAAUUAAAACAUUUAAAGGAAGUAUGCUAGUGAUGUGUUCAGAUGAUAUUACACUCCACUACCAGGAAGGAAUACUCAAUUGUCAACCAUGUUCCAAAGAAAAAUAGUUAAGCUAAGAUAAACCAUUCACCUAUCUUCGGAAAGUAAAACCUAUUUUAAAGAUUUUUGUGGCUAAACAAACUUAAUGCAAUGGUUAUUUAUAUGUUCGCCUACAAUUGAUUAUAUCUGGUUAGUUUAGUUGUUUGUUAAGUUAUGCAUUAACAUAUGGUAGAAUUGUUCAGCCUUAAGAAAUAAAUGUGAUUGAAAAAGUACUGAUGACUUGUCCGGUAGUCAAAAUGAC